AAAUUAUUAGCUUUUGGAAACAGCCCCUUCUUCUAUUCUCAGUUGCACUCUCUUCUCUCUCUCUGAUAUCUCUCUAGGGCUAAACUCUCCAUUCCUCUUCUUCUUCUUUAAAGCUCGCUUCGCUUUACUCUCUCUCUCUCUCUCUCUCAAAUUCGAAAGCAGCCAUGGAUUCGCAUACUAACGAUGCCAACCUUGACGGAGAAGCUCACGACGUUGACCGGCCAGACCACAGAGGCGGAGGUGAGGCGGAGGACGAAGACUACAAGUCGUCGUCUCAGCCUCACACCGGCGACGGAGCCAGCCCCGGGAAAAUCUUUAUAGGGGGUUUGGCGAGAGAGACCACUACAGCUCAAUUUGUGAAGCAUUUUGGUAAAUAUGGGGAGAUUAUAGAUUCGGUGAUAAUGAAGGAUCGGAAAACCGGGCAGCCCCGGGGGUUCGGGUUUGUGACCUAUGCUAACCCCUCUGUGGUUGAUACUGUCAUAGAAGAGACUCAUGUUAUCAAUGGCAAGCAAGUGGAAAUCAAGAGGACAAUACCGAGGGGAGCAAUGGGGUCGAAGGAUUUCAAGACGAAGAAGAUUUUUGUGGGUGGAAUUCCCACAACAGUGAAUGAAGAUGAGUUUAGCGACUUCUUUUCACAGUUUGGAGAGGUCAAGGAACAUCAGAUUAUGCGGGACCAUUCCACUGGUCGCUCGCGGGGAUUUGGUUUUGUUACCUUUGAGACAGAGCAAGCAGUUGAUGAUCUCUUGGACAAGGGGAACAAACUUGAGUUCGCUGGAGCUCAGGUGGAGAUAAAAAAGGCAGAGCCAAAGAAACAAACCCUACCCCCACCCCCAUCAAAACGUUACAAUGAUUCUAGGCCUGCAUAUGGUGGUGGAUAUGGAGAUAGUUAUGGUGGAUUUGGAGGUGGAGGCUAUGGUAGUGCAGGUGCUUAUAGGUCAACCGCAGCAGCCUAUGCUGGUAGAGGCAGUGCUUAUGGAGGAUAUAGUGGAAGUGAGUUUGGUGGAUACGGAGUAUACGGCGGCGGCGGCGGUGGUGGCGGUAUAGGGGCUUAUAGGGGAGAAUCCUCAGUAGGAGGCUACGCAGGCCGUUAUGCAGGAGCCUAUAGCAGAGGUUAUGAUCUAGGAGGUGGUGGUGGUGGUUAUGGUGGAACAGGUGGUGAGAGUUAUGGGGGAUAUGGAAGUGCUGGUGGUGGAGCUGGUGGUGGUUACGGGAGUGGGAGUGGCUAUGACGCAGGUUUUGGAGGUGGCUAUGGAGGUGGCGGUGGAGCUUCCUUUUAUGGUAGUAGAGGGGGAUAUGGUGGUGCUGGUAGUGGUCGAUAUCAUCCUUAUGGGAGGUAGAAAGUUUGUUGUAUUUUAGGACCAAAGAAUCCUUGCAGCCACGGCCUCUGGUUUCAGUUUCCUUUAUUUUGUCUCAGAGAUGUUCCAUUUUUCUUUUCUUUAAUUUCUUAGAGGGAUCAAUUUCCUUAUACUCCCUCAGGAAUAUAAGAUCAAAGAGACCUGGUCUUGUCUUAUUUUUUUUCUGCUAAUCGACAUCAACCAACUGCACAUUGUGCAGAUGUAACAUACAUUUUUGAUUCUGUACCUUUUUCCGUUUAACCUGCUUUCCCGUCUUCUACCCUGUAAUUUGUAAACAUUAAAAGAGUCAUUUGUUUUGUUGUGUUUUGAUCAA